AUAGGAUUGUGUUCACAAAAUGGGCCAUGAAAUAUUGACGCUGGAGAUUCUCCUACAUUGCGCUGGAAUAGAGAUAUACAGGCGUUUUACAGUGUAAGUUGGUCGGGAAAGCGCAGGAAUGUGAUCAUACUGAUGGUCUGCAACACACUGAUGUCCAAGCUGCGAUUUAUGAACCUUCAGGCCGAACUUAUGGUAUCUUCAUUUAAAAACAUGACUUUAAAGUUCUUGCGAGAGGAAGGGGUUCUGGUGGAGAGCAUGGUGUAUAAUCAUGCAUCACUUUUGACCACGCGGCGGUACGCGCAUGCGCAGUUCAAUGUCUGGUCGCCAAGCAACGCCGUGUCAACCUGCAACCCCCGCAGCAGCGCCGCGUUUCCUCCCCUGCAUCUCCGUUUCAUUCAGUGUUAAACACUAACACGUGGUUACGACUCGGGCAUAAGAUUUCAGUGUCUCCAUCGCCGACUGGAGUAAAAUGCGGCGAUAAACAGCAACCAAACUCGCGGAGGAAAAGAAAAAAAGAAAUCGAGAGUCACAAAUUUCAAAAAAGGCCAAUGGGGCUCUUCGACAAGCUGGCAGGGUGGCUGGGGCUGAAGAAGAAGGAGGUCAACGUGCUUUGUUUGGGUCUGGACAACAGCGGAAAGACUACCAUCAUCAAUCAGCUGAAGCCAUCCAACGCUCAAGCGCAAGACAUCGUCCCUACUAUUGGGUUUAGCAUCGAGAAAUUCAAAACCUCAAGUCUGUCGUUCACAGUGUUUGACAUGUCGGGCCAGGGCAGGUACAGGAACCUUUGGGAGCACUAUUACAAGGAAGGACAGGCCAUCAUAUUCGUCAUUGACAGCAGUGAUAAGUUGAGAAUGGUGGUCGCCAAGGAAGAGCUCGAUACUCUCCUCAACCAUCCUGAUGUCAAACACAGGAGAAUCCCAAUCCUGUUCUUCGCUAAUAAAAUGGAUCUACGGGAUGCUCUGUCCUCAGUGAAGGUCUCUCAGCUCCUCUGUCUGGAGAACAUCAAAGAUAAACCAUGGCACAUCUGUGCUAGUAAUGCUGUCCAGGGGGAGGGUCUGCAGGAGGGAGUCGACUGGCUGCAAGAACAAUUUGCACUAUCAAAUCCGAACCAUGAGAACAUGAAACGCUCAUAGUAUCCGGAAGAGAAUUCCACAACGUCGCCGCGUCCACUUCACCAAACCUCCUCACGGGGCAUGCUGAGUCGGCUGUUCACGAAGCUCAGGGUUCAGGAGUGUCAGAUGCUUUAAUUCUGUUGCAUCGCAGAGUUCGUUUCCACGCAUAUUGUUUUUAAGAUUAUUUUCUUGAAAAUUAGGUCAAUUAUCACUAGUUAUAGUGUGUAUAAAUUGUAAAAAAAAAAUGAGUGCAAAACAGUUCACACACAUAUCAUGUAUUUAUUAUGUCAUGGUUUCAGAGCGGGGAAAAUGUGUAAGUUAAAAAGACUUUUAGCAGAUGUUUUUUUUUUUUUAUCAUUGCUUUGCAUAAUUUUAUAUUUAUAUCCAUAUAAGGCUACAAUAUAUAGUGUGUUGUGCUUUAAAAAAUUAGUUUUCUACUCAUUUUCACUCAAAUAUGUUUCAUAAUGUGAUUUGUAGAGUCAGCAGUUCAUAAAUAAUAAGGAAUUAUCUCUAAAAUUGAUAGUAGCGUCUCGUACUGCAGUUUAAAUGGUGUACCAGUUUAUUUCUAUGUAUUUAUAAAUCUACCAAAUAAAUCACUUCACACGUCUA